UACAAGCCUGGCCUUUCGGAGGCGGCGCUAAAGGUUUGGCGCAUAUUUGCAAACAUCUCACCAGAAAAAGCAACAUGGAGGAGAGUGCAGAACCGGAGAGAAAAGAAGUAACCUCAAAAAAUGGGGAUGACAAGUCUAUUGAAGACCAGGCGUGCAAGUCUGAUAUGUCGGGACAGUCUACAGACCGGAGCGACAGCACCGAAAACAAGGCGGACAUGUCCGACCCGCGGGCGAACAGGCUCAAGCUUUUCAACAAAGUUAUGGAGAAGAGCUUGCAAAGGGUGAUUGCGGACGCCAGUUUUCACAGAUUCGCCAAAACCUUUCACCCGUUUUACAAACAGAAGCCCCAGUUAACAGAAGGCAUCCACAAGCAGUUUGUCUCAGAGCUACGGACCUCAAUCCAGGAUGACAUCACGCAGAUCAUGGAGGAGGGACACCUGCAGUUUAAGCUGGAGGAGUUGGACCGGCUGGAUGAGGAGUGCAGGGAUUGCACAGAGCCUGCAUGGCGUCCGAGUGGGGUGCCGGAGCAGGACUUGUGCAGUUUCGUGAUGCCGUACUACCUGCAGCAGCGGGAGUACCUGCGGCGUGAGCUGAAGAAGCUGCAGAAGGAGAACGCCGCCCUGGCGCAGAGGGUGCGGGCAGGGCGCGACAGGAUCGCUGAAACCGAGCAGCACAUCACCAGCGGCAUGGAGGAAUGGAGGGCAUCGACAGCCACUCUGGACACACUGGCCACCCUGUCCCCUAUGCAGAACUUUGACACAGCGUGACUUCCUGUCUCCAGACUCAACAGCUGUGUCCGGAACAGCUUAUUUGCCUACUAUUGAGUAUGCAAGCUGUAUGCAACUUGUAUACUCUGUAGUAGGCAAGUAAGCUGUUUCUGUCAUGGCUGACAUUUCUUUAGUUUGGGACUGAGGUGAUGUCAUGUGGACUGUUGAAUGAGCACAUAGGAACUUCCAGAGAUGGACCUUGUGACGCUUGGAGUGGGGGGUGGGGGAGUUAAAUAAUAAUAGGUAAAUAAAUGCUGCAUGCACUUGAAUAAAGUUUUUUUUUUUCCUUUCCAUGAUGUUCAAGGUUGUUUAGUCAGAAAACAGACUUAUUAUGUUGCUUUAGAGAUAUGUCACCUGCUGCAUGAUGGUUAAUGAAGUUCAACCUUGUAAGGAAUAGCAACUGGUUGUGUUUUCAGCGUGAAGUGAUGUUUCAUUGCCUAUAUUUACUUUUCUUUAUUGUACUAUUUGAAAAUUAGUAAAUCUUCUUGCACAA